AUACUCUAAAUUUGUCAACCACAUACACUAGGCCCCUCUCGUAUCCUAGUUGACAUAUUCGAGUUUGCGAUUCCGAAGAUCCCGAUCUUAUAUUUCUCCUGCACUCCAAUUUAUAACCAAACCACACCGUCACCACUUGAAUAACUGAAUCCAAAUCCUUUUCUUUCACCGACCAGUGACAUUAAACAGAAAAAAUUUAGGUGAAUCCACAAUUAGUUGUGGAAUUCAUACUGUUGAAAUGACUUCCAAUACUACAUCUGGAAAUGUUUGUCCGCCGCCGAUGAAACCCACAUCUAAUGGUGCAUUUCAGGGAGAUAACCCUCUUGAUUAUGCACUUCCCUUGGCUAUUUUACAGAUAUGCCUUGUUCUUGUAGUCACAAGGGGACUGGCCUAUCUUUUUAGACCUUUAAGGCAACCACGAGUUAUUGCAGAGAUUGUUGGAGGAAUACUACUUGGGCCAUCUGCGCUUGGACGGAAUAAAAGCUAUCUCAAUGCAGUUUUCCCACCCAAGAGUCUUACAGUAUUAGAUACUCUAGCAAACCUUGGCCUUAUCUUCUUUCUAUUUUUAGCCGGCGUAGAGUUAGAUCCGAAAUCUCUGCGGAAAACUGGAGGCCGAGUCCUUGCCAUUGCCACGGCUGGAAUAAGCUUACCGUUUGCACUAGGCAUUGGUUCAUCGUUUGUUCUGAAAGCAACGAUUGCCAAAGAUGUAAAUACUUCUGCAUUUGUUGUAUAUAUGGGUGUUGCUCUGUCUAUAACCGCAUUUCCUGUAUUAGCUCGUAUUUUGGCUGAGUUAAAACUUCUAACGACCAGUGUUGGAAGAAUGGCUAUGUCGGCUGCAGCAGUUAAUGAUGUAGCAGCCUGGAUUCUUCUUGCUCUGGCUGUCGCCUUAUCAGGCAAUAGCCAAUCUCCACUUGUGUCACUGUGGGUCUUCUUAGGUGGGUGUGGUUUUGUCGUUUGUUCGAUCCUCAUUGUCCUUCCUAUUUUCAAAUGGAUGGCUCAGAAAUGCCAUGAAGGCGAGCCGGUCGAAGAGUUAUACAUAUGUGCUACAUUAGCUGCUGUUCUGGCUGCUGGAUUUGUCACAGAUGCUAUUGGAAUUCAUGCCAUGUUUGGCGCAUUUGUUUUCGGAAUUUUGGUUCCAAAAGACGGACCAUUUGCAGGUGCUCUUGUAGAGAAAAUAGAAGAUCUUGUGUCUGGUCUAUUGCUCCCACUCUAUUUUGUGUCAAGUGGAUUGAAGACCAACAUUGCCACCAUUCAAGGGCUGCAAUCGUGGGGCCUUGUAAUUUUUGUUACAUUUACUGCGUGUUUUGGGAAGAUUGUCGGGACUAUUGUUGCAUGUCUUUUAUGUAAAGUAUCUUUUAAUGAGUCUUUAGUGUUGGGAUUCUUGAUGAAUAGUAAAGGCUUGGUUGAAUUAAUUGUCCUCAACAUCGGUAAAGAAAGAAAGGUUUUGAAUGAUCAGACUUUUGCCAUUAUGGUUCUCAUGGCUCUCUUUACUACCUUCAUGACUACUCCUCUUGUGAUGGCUGUGUAUAAGAGAAAGGCAAGAAUAUCUGAUUACAAGUACAGAACAAUUGAAAGGAAAAAUGCAAACAGCCAACUUAGGAUUCUUGUCUGCUUCCAUGGUGCAAGGAAUAUUCCAUCGGUGAUAAAUCUGAUCGAAAUUUCAAGAGGAAUCCAGAAGCGCGACGCACUCUGUGUGUAUGCAAUGCACCUUAAAGAAUUUUCCGAGAGGUCCUCAUCGAUGCUAAUGGUACAAAAGGUAAGAAAAAAUGGGUUGCCGUUUUGGAAUAAAGGUCCCCGUGCAGAUUCUGACCAUGUUAUUGUAGCAUUUGAGGCUUACCAGCAACUAAGCCAAGUGUCUGUCCGGCCAAUGAUAGCAAUCUCAUCAAUGGCUAACAUUCACGAAGACAUUUGUUCAACCGCAGAGAGAAAGAGCGCCGCAGUCAUUAUUCUUCCGUUUCAUAAGCAACAAAGAUUAGAUGGUUCACUAGACAUUACAAGAAGCGAUUUUCGAUUGGUUAACAAAAGGGUACUCGAUAAUGCACCGUGCUCAGUUGGAAUUCUUGUUGAUCGUGGGCUUGGUGGUACAUGCCAUGUGUCUGCAAGUAAUGUUUCCUAUUCCAUUGUUGUGCUAUUCUUUGGCGGUGGUGAUGACCGAGAAGCCCUUGCUUAUGGAGCUCGUAUGGCCGAGCACCCUGGAAUAAGAUUAGUGGUUGUUCGAUUCUUAGUGGAACCUAAUAUUGUAGGAGAGAUUACAAGAGUUGACAUUGGAGACUCUUCUAGCAGUAAACCAAUCUCAGAGGAUGAUGAGUUCCUUGCGGAAUUUAGGCUGAAAACAACCAAUGAUGACUCUGUUAUCUAUGGGGAGAAAAUUGUAAAAGAUGCUGCAGAAACCGUUGCUACUAUCCGUGAGUUUAAUUGCUGCAACCUAUUUGUUGUGGGUCUAAGACCAACCGGUGAACUUACCUGUGCUCUGGAAAGAAACGAUUCUUCAGAGCUAGGACCUGUUGGUGGUUUGUUGGCAUCACAAGAUUACUCCACAACAGCAUCAGUUUUGGUGAUGCAACAGUAUCGCAAUGAUAUGCCAAUAAAUUUAGUCCAAGAAAUGGAGUAACAUACAACUGAUGGAGACGCCGAAUCUGCUUAACUUUUCUGUUCUAAUAUUGUUGUGGAAUGGAAGUGGGGUGGAUAGUGUUACAGCAGGGAUGGGAAUAACUAUUCUAACCUGUAUUGAACUUAGUUCCACAUUAAUAAGAACGUUAAUUUGACUAAAAUAUGUUAGGUGUCCAACUAAUUAUUCUAUUGAAGUAAAUAUAAAUAUUCUAUAUUUUUGUUGUUA